UGACCAUAACUCGUGGGAGCCAUGGCGAUUGGCGGGAAACCCUUCGCCAUCUCCUCCACUCGUUUGGCUUCUCCAGCACGGAGCUCGAGAGUCGCUUGAAAACGAAGAGCGACCACGACGAUGGCUCCCAAGAGGAGGGCGAAGGGCUCCGGUACGACGACGACGAUCGCCGCCGCCGCCGCCGCCGCCGCCGCCUCGCCGCGGAGGACUCGGAGCGCCACCGCCGCCGGGAAGCGGGCGGCGGCGGAGGAGACGAAGGGUUCGAAGGGAAAGAGCAAGGCCUUUGUAGAUAAAGAGCCCCUCGCUCCGCCCCCUAUCUCCAGUGGCGAUGGCGACGCGUCGAAGACGAUCAUCGUCGAAGCAUGCAAGCAAUGUAAUUCAUUCAAGACAAGGGCGAUAAAGGUGAAGGACGGCUUGGAAAGUGCUGUCCCAGGUGUGACUGUAACUAUUAACCCUGAAAAGCCACGGCGAGGAUGCUUUGAGAUACGUGAGGAUGGUGGCGAAGUUUUUGUCUCACUACUGGAUAUGCCACGACCAUUCAAGCUGAUGAAGAACCUUGAUAUGGACGAAGUUAUUGUGGAUAUCGUGAAGAAAAUUUCUUGAGUGGAUAUGUCAGCCUGUAUUAGGAAAAAGAUUUGUGAACAUUGUCAAAAGUCCUUUCAAAUUUGCGAGCUUCUUUUGGGGGCUAUCAAUGAGCCAGUGAAGCUUGCCGCUUCUGAUAUUGCGGAAAACACAUUGUCUCUAGACAUUUUGAGAUUUGCUUGAUUAGGCUGCUUGUUAAAUUAAUCUUAAUUUGGGAUAUUUGCAGUUUCUUUCGCCUUAUUGGACGAGGAAUAGGAUGAUGCAGAUUAAAUGUUGUCCGGUGUAUUUUGGAAGUUUUAGGUUCUUCGUUUGCUACGGUUACCAGGAUUUUUUAGUGUUUUUGGGACCUGAAAUUCUAUCGACUUGGUUGAUCUA